AUGAGGUUCAGCACAGUGGUAGUUGCGUUCUUGAGCUCUUUGGCCGAGGCUCAGAGUACGGAACCCUAUCAUGCUCUGAGACGUCAGUCACUAAAACCUCCUUAGACAGCUAUGCGAGACUCGCCGUUCCAUACUUGGUUACCUCAGAUCCAGUCACUGUGAGUUUUUCCUGAGUAUUAUGAUUCUUUUUCCUCGUGAAACGUUAGGCGAAGGCUUCCUAAUCUACACAUUUAUUUGCUCUCCCUUUCCUUAUUAGUUAGCUUCAAAAACAUCUCUUCUUUUGUAACUUCUUGACCCCAUCAAGAAUUCGAUGAUUUCAUUCUAACCUGCCUCUAGCCUUUGCCACAAGGAGCGCCAUGGGGUACCAAAACCGCAAACAAUACCAACCCUUGUAAGAUAUUCAAUUUUUGCGUGUGGAACUUUAUUUACUAAUUUGACUCAGAUAGUAAGUUCUAACAAAAUCGCACUAGCUGACUGAAAUCUUAACUCUUGUUCUCGUGUAGCCGGUAAGUUUUGUAUAACCAUUUCGUAAAAAACUUCUGUGCUCAUAGUCUUAUAGAUCCUCCAGCAACUGGUGUAAUUCGCAAAUACGAUUUUACCAUCAGAAGACAACAGAAAGCUCCAGAUGGCUUCCCAAGAGAUUUCUUGACCAUCAAUGGCCAGUUUCCAGGUCCUCUGAUUGAAGCCAACUGGUAAUAGCCGCUAAUGCGUAAUCUUUAUCAACGAUAGCUGACCAAUCAAGGGGUGACACAAUUCAGGUGACGGUUCACAACGCUAUCAACUCACCGGAGGAGGGCACCGGUCUUCACUGGCACGGGAUUCUUCAAAAGGGUUCUCCGUGAGCACCCAUUGUCAUUACAUCGCAUAUGUUAUACUGAUUAUUAUUGCAGAUGGAUGGAUGGCGUCCCUGGCGUCACUCAGUGCCCUAUUCCUCCAGGAGGGACUUUCACAUACUCUUUUAUUGCCGAUCUUUACGGUUCAUCUUGGUAUCACAGUCAUUACUCCGGUAUGUAUCCUUCAAACCCGUAAUUAGAGUAAACUAACUUUUACAUAGGCCAGUAUGCUUCUGGUCUGCUUGGUCCCAUGAUUGUAUGCGAGUUCUAUCCCCCCUAUCCAUCCUUGGUUUCAGUUGAUGUGUGGAGCUUGAAGCUCAACGCUCCUGUCCUCUCCACUUUAUGAAGAAUGGAUCAACUAACAAUUCGCAGAUUCAUGGACCCGAUACCCUUGGGUAUGAUGUCGGUGGGUAUCUCCUAAUCUCACACAAAAAUAAAGCUAACUUUUCCGCUAAGACAUUGGACCAAUAUUGCUCACCGAUCAUUAUCAUCGCGAUUACUUUUCAAUUGUGAAAGAUGUCAUGUCUACUGAUAUCAAUUUGAUUGUAAGAUACUAAAACCCUAGCCAAUCUAGAAUUGCUAAGACAUUUGUUAAUUCCGACUAGGCUCCAGCAUCUGACAACAAUCUUAUCAACGGAAGAAAUAACUUCGACUGCUCGACGCUUCCUGCGAACCAACCAUGUGCUGCGAACGCUGGUAUCAGCAACUUUAAAUUCACACCGGGAAAAACUCAUCGACUUCGUUUGAUCAAUGCAGGCGCGGAGGCCAUUGAAAAAUUCUCCAUCGAUGGACACACCAUGACAGUUAUCGCCAAUGACUUUGUUCCAAUCAAUCCAUAUGAUACUCAAGGUAUGGGACUUCACAAAUAUUGGUAGUCACGAUCUGAAUUAACAUGAACAGUGGUUACUUUGGGUAUUGGACAACGAACAGACGUCCUCGUCAAGGCAGUCACCAACGAUACCAAGAGCAAUGCUGCGUUCAUCAUGCGUUCCUCUAUUGCAGCAUGCUCACUCUCUAUUAACCCAGAUGCCACCGCUAUCGUAUACUACGGCGCAAACGUUCCGUCUACUCUACCAACUACUCAGGCAUGGCCAGCCUUCAUCGAUUCCGUAGCCAACCAAUGUGCAAAUGACCCCAUUGCCUCCACAACCCCCGUUUACAAAAUCACGCCUGAUCCAAACCCGCCAAUCACCCAAAACAUCGCAAUUGGGUUCGGUCAAAACGCCACUCAGCACUGGUUAUGGACCAUGAACUCCGUUUCUUUCCGUGCCAACUACAACCAGCCAAUUCUUCUUUUGUCUAAUGUGGGCAACAACUCUUACCCUGCUAAUCCUGAAUGGAAUGUUUACAACUUUGGAUCCAACUCUUCUGUCAGAAUUGUUAUCGAGAACCCUGGCUUUGCUGCCCAUCCUAUGCAUUUACACGGUUAGCCAAUAUUUUCUAUUAUGUUUCUCAAAGGCGCAACUGACAUUGAGGAACAGGUCACAAUAUGCACAUUCUUAAUGUCGGAACCGGAACCUGGGAUGGAACCGUCAUCAAUCCCUCGAAUACCCAAAGACGUGACGUCCAACUCGUCCCCGCUGGAGGAUACUUGGUCCUACAGUUUGAAGCUGAUAACCCGGGUGCCUGGCCUCUUCAUUGCCACAUCGCUUGGCACGUAUCCGGUGGUCUUUAUGUCACGGUUGUAGAGAAACCGGAUGAGAUUGCCAAGUAUAAUGUUCCAUCCAUCAUGGUCAGUCGAUCUUUUCCUCUAUGGUAUAGAAAACAAAUUAACGGAUAUUAGGCACAAACAUGCCGGGACUGGACUAGUUACACCAAUUCUACUCUCGUUGAGCAGAUCGACUCUGGUUUGUGAUCGCCUUCUAUGCUAUGGAGGAAACAUGGGUUCGAUUAUGUGGUUUACCAUUCUUGUGAAAUGUAACACUUAGAGACUGCAUUUGUUUGUUUUCAUGUCUUCUGUCGUAUUUCAAUGGGGUGGGCGUUUCUCAAGGCGGCUGUUUUGUCUUUACUUAUUUCAUGUUUCUUUUCAUGAUAGCAUAGGCAAAUACGAAUAAAUCGAUAUUUUUUCA